AGGGAGGAAGGGAGAGAGAGCUGCGGAUUGAGUGGUAAUUCGAAAAAUAAGUCCUCGCGGACGACAAGCACACUUGACCGGAGCACACUCGAACCGAAAGGGUCCGAGCACUUGGGAAUAACAAUUAAUAACGCCAGUCGCGAUUCACCGAGCGAUCCUCGGACCUACAUAACGAAGGGUCUCUCUUCGGGAAUUAUGUGAAGGCAGAACAACACACACUGAAUCCAUCCAUUCAUCGACCGAUCCUCCGACGUGACGGUCACUGACGGGGCCUCAGGAAUCAAGAAAGAAUGAAAAAAAAGUUAUGAGGGAAAGAAGACGAGACGAUUGUGAUCUUACAUAUAGUGACAACUUGUGACAUGUGACGCGAUGAAUAUUCUGGUGCGCGGACAAUGAACGAUGAUGGUCGCGAAGACGGAAAGCUGAACAGAGAGAGAGAGAGAGAUUCGAAGAGAUAGUUACGUGCUUAAAGGAACGGGGAGGAAGAGGAACGUUUUUGAAUCUCGAGAAAACUAUUUUUUUGCGUGACAAAAUCGCGAGGAUCUGAGAGAUAGAGAGAGGAAGCGAAGUGAUGGAGGACGAGAAACACAGCGAGGCCUCGCCGAAACCUUCUCAACCGACACCCUUCAGUAUCGCCGACAUCCUGAGUCGAAGAACCUGCGCGAACACGAAGAGAUGCGACUUGGAGAAGCUCCAAGUCGUCUCGGCGCCGAUAAAACGACACAAUCGGGAUUACGAGCGUAUUGAAAAUGAACACGUUGACGGGAAUUACGAUCAUCACGAGCAGAUGAUUCAUUAUCCGAGAAUGCCGCCCCGGGAAUCCGUCAGUCCGGAGCUGAGCAUGGCGCACGAGUUGGAUAUCUUGAGGAGGAACCUGGCGCAAGCGAACUUAUCGAACUUUGGUCGCGUUACCCACUUGACUCAGGACACUUUCAAGCAUCACCUCGAAACUCUGGGAAACACAAUGACGUAUCACUCACCUAUCAAGGAACCGGAACAUUCUCACAGACAGCAGGACGAAGCGUUGGACAUGAGCAAAACCAAGUACUUAGACGAGACGGAAGACGACGCGUACGAGUCGCAAAGCUCAGGUCAAAGUAUGCAGAGUAGAAAGAAGCGCAGCAGAGCGGCCUUCUCGCACGCGCAAGUGUUCGAGCUUGAAAGGCGAUUCGCGGCACAAAAGUAUUUGUCGGGUCCGGAACGAGCGGAUCUGGCGCGUGGCUUGAAAUUGACGGAGACGCAAGUGAAGAUCUGGUUUCAAAACAGACGAUACAAAACCAAACGACGACAACAGCAGGAAUUGGGCGCGCUCGUGAACUCUGGUAGCGCCAGACGCGUGGCGGUGCGCGUUCUGGUACAUCCGGACGAGCACUUGAGAGGAUUACCUCUUCGUGGUUCCGGCCAAAUUCCCGGACAACUAUCGGGCCCGCAAAUGCAUCCCGCGGCGAACAAAGCAAUCGCCGGUUUCCCGUAUUAUUGUUUGCCGUAUCAUCCGCUACUCUGCCCGCCCUUGCACGCCACCCACGUUCAGGUACAAAGCCCGAUCACGCCCGAUUUCGAUCCCACCCAAAUCUCGAAAAUCAAGGAUGAGAAAUAAGCGAGACGGAACAUAAUAAUUCUUGUUUGUUUUUCUCUUGUUUCUCGAUCUUUUUUAGAAUUACACGUGCACAUGUUACAUCUCCCACCGGAUUUGCCAAUCGUCUCUGUCGUAGAUCUCUGUCGUAGAUCUCUCUUCUCUCUCUCUCUCACACACACGCGAGUAUUUAUUAUUAUCAAAUUCCAACGACACGCAAUAUACGGAAACAAACGUGUAAAUUAGCCUGUAAAUAAAUGUAUAAAAUAUAUAACACACGGA